AUGGCCGUACACCUACGCUUUGACCACAAGCGCAACAAUUUCACUGUAUGGGAGUCAGGCGCCAUUCUGGAAUACCUCGCUGAUGCCUAUGACACAGAGCACAAGUUCUCAGGCGCCACACCGGAGGAAAAGGCGUCGAUCUCCCAUCCAGUCCAGGGCAACUUGUACUUCAGCAAAGUGUACUGGGAUGACACCUACGAUGAAAAUGGACCUCCAAACUAUAUUAAGCGCUUCAAAAUGGAACUGGACCGCGUGUUCAAGGUAGAUGAGACACAGCUGAAGGCCCAGGCUGCCAAGUAUAGCGAGGACAAGGCUUGGCUCGUGCUCGACCGCCCUACCAUUGCUGAUUUUAGUCCGAUGGGAUGGCUGGCUCGUUUGCCAGCCCUUAAAGAACCGCCGGAAAUCGAUACCAACCAAUGCCGCGUACCGAUGAAGUAUGUGGAGAAACUUUGUUCGCAGGAAGGAAUGGGCAAGGUGCAGGCGAAGAUGCAGCAGUCCUAG